AUGGCUGCAACUGUAAAAUUUUCAGCCAUUACUCUCUUUUGUUACCUCUUGGCUCUCUCUCAUCUCGAAGUCACUAUUUCCAAACCAGGAGGCUUCACCUUAGAGCUCAUCCAUAGAGAUUCUCCACAAUCUCCUUUGUAUCCUGGAAAUCUGACCCUCCUAGAAAGAUUCAAGAGACUUGUCCAAGUCUCUGACUCUCACAUUUCCCACUUGCACUCCCUGAGGGAAUUUCACUCACAAAAUUCAACAACAUUCAAUCCUAACAUAGUGCGUCCUAAGGUCAUUCAUGAGGCCAAGCUUUAUAUCAUAAAGCUGAACAUUGGUUCCAAACCAGUCAUCAACUACUUGGCUUUGGACACGGGCAGUGACUUCAUUUGGGCACAAUGCAAAGGAGACAGAAAUUUCUUCCAACAAACGAGCGAACUCUACGACCCAAAAACGUCGGCGUCUUACCGGAAACUUCCCUGUAAUCAGUGCAUUUCUCCAGGCAUGCAAUGCAUUAAUGGUGAAUGUGCCUUUGCUGUGUCAUACAUAAAUGGUGCAGCAGCAAAAGGCAUAGCCUCCUUGGAGAAUUUUGGUUUCGAAUCCCAGAAUAAUGCCAUUGAAUAUGUAAACACCUUGGUUUUUGGCUGUGCAUAUGAUGGCAAAGGGAUGCCAUUCAAUGGCAAAACUUCUGGUAUUUUGGGCCUUGACAUGCGUGGCCUUUCUUUUGUCAAUCAACUGGCCAGCCGGGGUGUCCCAAAACAAUUUUCCCACUGCUUUGUCAAGGUGGCUGAUGAGACCACAGCACGCACCUUCCUAAGAUUUGGCAAUGACAUUCCCCAUAGGGGACCUCUCCAAACAACUUCUUUGGUACCACAUCCAAUAGCUGGAAGAUAUGCAGUAAAUUUGCUUGGUAUUAGUGUUGGAGCUUUUCCUUUAGAUAUCCCCCCUGCAGCCUUUGCUAUAAAUCAAGGCCAAGGUGGCUGCCUUAUGGAUUCUGGAUCCCCCCUUACUUACAUUGUGACAAGUGCUUAUAAAACAGUGUCAAAUUACAUGGUGCAAUAUUUCAGGCAAUUUGGCAUCAGUAAGAUUGAAGAUCGAGCUUUGCCAUUGCCUGAUUGCUUUACUCUCAAGGAAGGGUUUGACAGAUUCCCUGCCAUGACAUUCCAUUUUCAAGGUGCUGAUCUCAAAGUUAAUCAGAAUAAUGUGUUUUUUGUUGUUCCACAACAGAAACUCUUUUGCUUGACAAUGAAACCGGAUGACAAGCUUACAACCAUUGGAGCAUAUCAGCUGCAGAAUAUGAGGGUCAUAUAUGACGUUGCUCAAAUGAAAAUCUCAUUUGGUCUAGAGAAUUGUGCAAGAGAUGCACUAUAA